UUGGGACAACUUUUGUUUCCAGAUAUGUGGGCUUCUCUAAACAGGUUUUCCUUCAUUGGAAGGUCUAGCAUCUCAUUCCAGUUGUAUUUAGGUUUUCACUGUUGUCCGAUGUGGUCCGAGUUUUCUGGGUAGAUGUUUGGCUGUUGCGUUGAACUUGCUCCAAUGGGAGCAACUAUGUGGGCUUUUCUGCAGAAGGCAUUCCAAGCAUCUACUUUGCAUGAAGGUAACUUAUAUUGCAUAGUUACUAUAUCCACACCAUACAUGCCAGUUAAGCAUCUUCUUGUUGCUCUCUCUUUAAUAUAAAAUCUUUUGAAAUAUAUAUUAUAUAUAUGUAUAUGUAUAUGUCAAUAAAAUUGUAUAGUAGAUACCAAAUUUAUGAUGAGAGAAAUAGUAUCUUGGAGUCCAUCCAUACCCUGCAUCAGUUUGCCCUACAUAGGGAUGAAGAGGUUGAACAAGUAUGGAAUUCAAGAUAGCUGCCUUUCCACAUCAAACCCACCAAGAGAAGCAACUUACAAUAAAAAGCAAAGUGAUCAACAAAAUUCCUUUGGUCAGCCUAGUUAUUCAAGAAAAGAACACAACAAAGUAUGUCUUAACAAGUAAGCGAUGAGAGGCAAGAAAUCUUCUGCCUCCUUUGAAUUGCCACUGAUGGGGACCGGUCCAUAUUUUCACCAUCAAGGGAGCUUCCAUUCUGUUCAAAGUUCAACCUCUCUCUGCUUGCAAGGGCCAAAAUGCAGGGACUUGGCAGAGCAUUACGGUCUUGCCAGGAGUCACUGAAGCUUGCAGUUCUAAGGCACUCACCUACGGGGGAUACAGCUGAGAUGAAAAAAGUUUUCUCACGCUGUGGAUGUGUCACCUCCUCUACUGGUAUGCAGCAGAAGGGAUUGGAGAAUACAUCAGUUGCAGAAGUAUUGAUGACAAAGGGAGAAGAGAAGGUCGGGUCAUGGCUCUAUUGUCAUACCAAUGACACUGUCCAUGAUGCUGUGAAGCAUAUGGCACAAAAUAAUGUUGGAUCUUUAGUGGUUCUAAGACCAGGAGAUCAAAACCUUAUUGCAGGAAUCAUCACAGAAAGAGACUAUCUACGGAAGGUAGUCGCGCAGGAUAGAUCAUCUAAAUACACAAACGUCGGGGAAAUCAUGACUCAGCAGAACAAGCUGAUAACAGUGACAUCAGAUACAAACAUUCUUCAGGCAAUGCAGCUCAUGACAGAUAAUCAUAUUCGACACAUGCCAGUGAUCGAUGGAAGGAUUGUAGGCAUGAUUUCUAUUGUAGAUGUCGUUCGAGCAGUGGUGGAGCUGCAGAGUGGGGAAGUGAAGCGACUGAACGAGUUCAUUAAGGGGGAAUACUAUUAAGAUACUAAUAGAAUUUGAACGAGUUUUUCAUUGAGGUUCGAACCCUUAAUCUCCUUUGGGAAGUAGGAAUUUGGUACCGCUUGGUUACAGGCCUGCUAUUGUAUUACAAUAAAUAUAUUCAAGUUAUGUUUGGGAGUAGUGAUUCCGUACUGUGAAAUUGGAAUGAGAAUGAAAAAAAAAUUUAGUUCAAAAUAAGUUGAGGCUUAAAUAUCUAAAAUUAAGAAUAAAAGUGAAGGAACAGCAUUUCAAUUAUAUAUAUAA